AUGCAGGGCAUUGCCAAGCCCGUUUCAGUCUACGCUCUGGCGUCCACCGGCGUCGCGCAGAAGAUUCUGUCCCGGCCCUGCGAGGAUACCAUCACUGUCACCGUGACCUGGAAGAACAGCAGCGGGUCGCAGGGGCAUGCCCUGUACACCUCCUCCUGGACGGCUAGCAAG